UCAACAGCGCCAACAAGUUCACCGGCAAGAACCAGGAGAUUAUUCGCAACAAGCUGCACUUCCCCAUGGACAUCCACACCCUGCACCCCCAGAGGCAGCCCGCAGGGGGCUGGAACCGCUGUGGCACCAACAAUGGAGGCUGCAGUCACCUGUGUCUCCCCAGCAACAAGACGUUCACCUGUGCUUGUCCCACCGGCUUCAAGAAGGUCGACCACCUCAGCUGUGCAGAUGGACGGACAUCCGACGAAUCAGCUUCGACACAGAGGACAUGUCCGACGAUGUCAUCCCUCUGGCCGACGUGCGCAAUGCCGUGGCGCUCGACUGGGACGCCAAAGACGGCUUCAUCUACUGGACGGACGUCACCACGGACUCUAUCAACAGAGCGCUGUGGAACGGCUCCAAGCAAGAGGUGGUGGUCGACACCAGUCUGGAGAGUCCAGCAGGUUUGGCGAUUGACUGGGUGACCAACAAGCUCUACUGGACCGAUGCUGGUACGGAUCGUAUCGAGGUUUCGAAUGGCGAUGGGAGCAUGCGGACCGUCCUGAUCUGGGAGAACCUGGACCGGCCCAGGGACAUUGUCGUUGACCCGAUCGGAGGCUUCAUGUACUGGACCGACUGGGGGGCCAACCCGAAGAUAGAGCGUGCAGGAAUGGAUGCCUCCAAUCGCAUUGUCAUCAUCUCAUCCAAUCUGACGUGGCCCAAUGGUCUCGCCAUCGACUACGAGACCAAACGCCUGUACUGGGCCGACGCUGGCAUGAAGACAAUCGAAUUUGGAAACUUUGAUGGUUCUGAUCGACAGGUUUUGAUCGGCACUCAGCUGCCUCACCCCUUCGGCCUGACUGUGCACAAGGACAAGCUGUACUGGACAGACUGGCAGUCCAAGAGCAUCCAGAGUGCCGACAAGCUCACGGGGUUGGGACGACAAACACUGGCUGAAAACCUGGAGAACCUCAUGGACAUUCACAUGUUCCACCGGCACCGUGAGACAGUGCGUAACCCCUGUGCAGUGAAUAAUGGAGGCUGCAGUCACCUCUGCCUCUUGGCUCCUGCUCCCAAAGCCUCUAGCUGUGGCUGUCCCACAGGGAUCAACCUGCAGGCGGAUGGAAAGACCUGCACGUCAGGAAUGAGCAGCUUCCUGAUAUUUGCACGGAGGACAGACAUCAGGAUGGUUUCUCUGGACAUCCCUUACUUCGCUGAUGUGGUUCUGGCCGUUAAUAGCUCCAUGAAAAACACCAUUGCCAUCGGUGUCGACCCCAAAGAAGCAAAGGUUUAUUGGUCCGACAGCACACUGAAGAGGAUCAGCAGAGCUAACAUCAAUGGAUCAGCACAUGAAGACAUCAUAUCUACAGGUCUGGUGACGACUGACGGUCUCGCGGUGGACGCUCGCGGCAGGAAGAUCUACUGGACGGACACGGGAACCAACCGCAUUGAGGUGGCCAACCUGGACGGCUCCAUGAGGAAAGUUCUCGUGUGGCAGAACCUGGACAGUCCUCGAGCCAUCGCGCUCUACCAUGAGAUGGGGUAUAUGUAUUGGACAGACUGGGGGGAAAACGCCAAGCUGGAGCGCUCAGCGAUGGACGGAUCCGACCGUGUGGUUCUCAUCAAUAACAACCUGGGCUGGCCCAACGGCCUGGCCAUCGACAUGGCUGGCUCACAGUUACUGUGGGCUGACGCUCACACUGAGCGUAUUGAGGCGUCCGACCUGAACGGGCAGAAUCGCCACACCCUUGUGACUCCAGUCCAGCACCCGUACGGUUUGACCCUGCUGGGGUCCCACAUCUACUGGACAGACUGGCAGAGCCGCAGCAUCCAGAGAGCUGACAAGAACACCGGGGCCAAUACCAUCACGGUGCAAGCCAACCUGCCGGGCCUGAUGGACAUCCAGGCCGUGGACAGGGAGAGGCCACUGGGUUUUAAUAAGUGUGGCCGGAGGAACGGGGGCUGCACCCACCUCUGCCUUCCUCGUCCCAACGGCACUUCCUGCGCCUGUCCCACCGGGAUAUUGAUCAAGGGAGACGGCAGGUCAUGUGACGACUCCCCGGAGACGUUCCUGGUCUUCUCCAACCGCGUCAGCGUGCGCAGAAUCUCCCUGGACACCAACGACCACACUGACGUGCACGUACCGGUGCCGGAGCUACACAAUGUUAUCUCUCUGGACUACGACAGCGUGGAUGGAAAACUUUACUACACCGAUGUCACCCUGGACGUUAUAAGGCGUGCAAAUCUAGACGGCAGUGACAUGGAGACGGUGAUCAGCCAGGGCCUGAAAACCACUGAUGGGCUGGCUGUAGACUGGGUGGCCAGGAACAUGUACUGGACCGACACUGGGCGCAACACCAUCGAGGUGGCCCGCCUGGACGGAACGUGCCGCAAAGUCCUGGUCAACAACAGUUUGGACGAACCCAGAGCCAUCGCAGUGUUCCCCAGCAAAGGGUACCUGUUCUGGACCGACUGGGGUCACAUUGCAAAGAUCGAGCGAUCACAUUUGGACGGCUCCGACCGAAAGGUCCUGAUCAACACUGACCUGGGGUGGCCCAACGGCCUCACGCUAGACUACGACACUCGAAGGAUCUUCUGGGUGGACGCUCACCUGGACAGGAUCGAGAGCUCGGACCUAAACGGGAAACUGCGUCAGAUCCUCGUCAGCCCGGUUUCCCACCCGUUCGCCCUCACGCAGUUGAAGCCGGUGUCCUCCCCUCUAACCCCUUUCUCCCGACUCUCGCAGCAAGACCGCUGGAUCUACUGGACGGACUGGCAGACUAAGUCCAUCCAGCGUGUGGACAAGCACACGGGCCGUAACAAGGAAACCGUGCUCCCCAACGUGGAGGGUCUCAUGGACAUAAUAGUGGUGUCACCUAACAGACAGUCGGGUACCAACCUCUGUGGAGUCAAUAACGGCGGCUGCACUCACCUCUGCUUUGCAAAGACAAACACUUUCGUGUGCGCCUGCCCCGAUGAACCGGAUGGGAGACCCUGCUCCACCAUUUCAGGUUACGUCCCCACGUCUCCCACCAGAGGAGCCAGCAGCACUCCUGUCCCCAACAAGAUCCCCAACGCUCCGACAGACACUCCACACAGAGGACCCUCACCAGUCAACUGCACUGACAAGAACCUGAACGUGGAAGGUUGCACGAGCAACGUGGUGACGGCUCCUCAUGGAGAAGGUCUUCACAUCAGCUACGUGAUCGGUGGAGUUCUGACCAUCCUGGCUAUUUUGAUCCUCAUCGCUGCUUUGAUCAUUUACAGACACAAAAAGUCAAAGUUUGCCGACCCGGGAGUGAGCAACCUGACCUAUAGUAACCCCUCGUACCGGACGUCCACACAAGAGGUCAAGAUCGAGGCAUCGCAGAAGCCUCCCAUAUACAACCAGCUGCGAUAUAAGAAAGAGGGGGGAGUGGACGGAGGCUACACCAAGGAAAAGAUCCGCAUCGUGGAGGGCGUGUGUCUCCUGUCCAAUGAGGAGCUGUACUGGGAUGACCUAAAACAGAUCAAGCCGUCCCGAGGCGGCCUGCACACCUGCAUGCGCACAGACACCGUGUCCCUGCAGGCCAGCAGCGCCUCGCUAGACGACGGGGAGACGGAGCAGCUCCUCCAGGAGGAGGCGUCCGAAUGCUCCUCCAUAACCACCCUGACUCCUUCGGCCAUCACCCCACAGCGUCACGCCCAGCACAGCCUGCCCGACACCGGCUGGACCUCCACACGCAAGCCCUCCACCGAGAGUGAAGUGUGAGGGAGGCCUCCCCCCCCCCGCCCGCCCGCCCUCUGUGCUUUAUCUCAACCUCAGUCAUCCAACACACACACACACACACACACCUGUAUUUAUAACUGGUACAAACACACAAAGGUAAAUAGGUACAAACACAACUGCAUAUGUAGAGUAACGGUACAGAUGAACCUGGUUCGGCACAACUAAGCUUCCGUAUACACAACUCCUGUCUCUGAAAAUGGGGCUCCGUCCUACUCGUACACAGACACACACACACACACACACACACACACACACACACACACACACACACACACACAGUACAGCCCUUCAACAGUGCCCUCAGUGCUACUGCCUUCAGGCCACAUCAUAAACUAAUGAGCAUGCUGGAAUAAGAAAGCGAACAACUCUGGGGAGGAAGUGAACACAGAGCGUUUUUCUGGAGCCUUUUUAAAGGACGCAGACUCUCAACAAACGCUUCACCUCUACUUCUUUUGUGAACUUUUUUCCUCUUUCUGGACAGAGCUAAAACGACACGCUCCCUGGACGGUGUAACCCCGAUGCUCUCUGAUACCACUCAUGUCUCGAUGAACUUUUAUUUAUGAACGUUUUUUGUACUUGUGGAGUGGGUUUGCUGACUUCCAGAGAACGGUGGGAGUGUUUGGACUUUUUGUGCUGCAGGACCUGGUUAUUCAAGAGUUGUAUUUAUGACAGUGCCAAAGGGUGGGACUUCAAAGAGUCUCUGUGCGUCUUUCUGCAUUUACACUUCCGUAGAAAUGUGUCUUGAUUACAGAUCGUUUCCUUUGCCCUCAGCGGUGCACGACCUCAGUGACGACAUCUGCUUCUAAUUUCUUAUUUUACCACCUCCGAUGGGUCAAGCAAGGACUCGCUGUAGCUGAUACUCAAGACUUGUUGCAGAAGUCUUUUCAUCCCCUGCAAAAACUGAAAGGAGCCUUUUGUGUUUUUAAUUUUGUUUGUAAGUUGUGAUUCAACCAUUGUGUGUCCUCGGGCAUAGCUGAGGAAGCCGCGAUGAAGUAACAGCCUAAGUGCCAAACAGUUCGUUCUUUUUCCUCCUUCAGCUGUAUAUUUAUUUUUUUCCUCAGAGGUUUUAAAAUGUACAUUACGUUUUUUUUUUUUUUUUUUUUUUACUUGGUCACCGAAAUCAUGGGAAAAAAAACAUAUCUUCUCACUUACCGCUGCUUCAACUCAGCCAUGCAGAUAGUUGUGGUUUUCUUUACCCAGCAGUGAACAGGUUUAUACGUCUCUGGGGGUUUCUGUGGAACUACUUUCUCAGUGCGAACUGGUUUUGAGAAUUUCUUCUUUUAGUCUUUCCAGGAUAUAUGGCCCAGGUCCUCGGGGGUUUGCUGUCCAGACAGAUGAUUAUCCAUGAGCACUUAUUUUUACAAUUUGAAGCUCUUUGAUUUAAAUUUGAACAUUUCAUUUUACUGCCUCUAAAAAAAGCUUCCCUGAAUUUAUUGGACCGACAAUAUCUUUAAUUGAUCACACUCAAAAUGAAUGAAUUUAC